AUGGCCUCCGCAACAGUCACCGAAGUCUUGCAGCGAAAGCCCAAGAACUUUGCCAUUCAAACCAACCCGGCGCAUGACCUGCAUCUCAUCGAAGCCGACGUCCCCGAGCCGGGGCCGUCAGAAUGCCUGGUCCAUGUCCGAGCGACCGGCAUUUGCGGUUCAGACGUGCAUUUCUGGAAGCACGGCGCCAUUGGUCCGAUGGUUGUUUGUGGCGAGAAUGGCCUUGGCCAUGAGAGUGCUGGUGUCGUCAUCAAGACCGGCAAGGAUGUAACCAGGUUCAAAGUUGGCGACAGAGUUGCUCUUGAGUGCGGUAUUCCUUGCUCAAAGGCUACCUGUUACUACUGCCGAACUGGCCAGUACAACGCUUGCCCUGAUGUCGUCUUCUUCUCUACCCCUCCUUACCACGGCACUCUCCGCCGCUACCACGCUCACCCUGAAGCUUGGCUGCAUCACUUGCCUGACAACCUUAGCUACGAGGAGGGUUCAUUACUCGAACCUCUCUCCGUAGCGCUCGCAGGCAUUGACAGGUCCGGCCUUCGCAUGGGUACUCCGCUGGUCAUCUGCGGUGCUGGACCUAUCGGUCUUGUGACUCUUCUAGCAGCCCAUGCGGCCGGGGCUGCCCCUAUUGUCAUCACGGACCUGGACGAGAAUCGCCUAGCCAAGGCCAAAUCUCUCGUCCCUCGAGUUCGUAGCGUGCUUGUUGGGCGGGGAGUGGAGUCUGCGGACCUCGGUAAGAAAAUUGUCGACACUCUGGGCGAGGAAGCAAGACUAGUGAUUGAAUGUACUGGUGUCGAGUCCAGUAUCCAUGCUGGUAUUUAUGCUUCUGCGUUCGGCGGCGCUGUUUUUGUUAUUGGGGUUGGGAAGGAUUUCCAAAACAUCCCUUUCAUGCAUCUCUCUUCCAAGGAGAUUGACCUCCGCUUCCAAUACCGUUACCAUGACACCUACCCCAAAGCUAUCAGCCUAGUAACAGAAGGACUGAUCGACUUGAAGCCCCUCGUCACACACCGAUUCAAGCUUGAAGAGGGUGUCGAAGCGUUUGGUGUAGCAUCAAACCCUGCUGCGAGGGCUAUCAAGGUUCAGAUUAUUGACGAGUAG